AUGGAUCACAAAUCUACCAUGAGAGGAGCUGGAGAAGAAGAGACAGUGGCUUGGAGAUACUUUAGGAGAGAUGUUGUGCCGUUUGCUGCAAUGGUCACGGUGGAGUGUACUAUGAUUGGGUCAUACACACUCUACAAGGCUGCUGCUUUAAGAGGAUUGAACUUCUAUGUCUUUGUCACCUACUCUUAUGUCGUUUCAACGCUUCUCCUUCUUCCAAUUUGCCUCAUCUUUGGAAGAUCGAAAAGAUUACCUGCAGCUAAGUCUCUUCUCUUCUUCAAGAUUUUCUUACUUGGGCUUCUCGGGUUCAUGGCGCAGCUAUCUGGUUCUGUAGGUAUAAAAUAUACAUCUCCAACUCUUGCCUCUGCUUUGAGCAAUCUCACGCCAGCUUUUACCUUCACACUCGCCGUUAUCUUCAGGAUGGAACAAGUAGUGUUAAGGAGCUAUGCUACUCAGGCUAAAAUCAUUGGCGCAAUACUAUCUAUAUCUGGUGCUCUGGUUGUUCUGCUAUAUAAAGGCCCAAAAGUUCUUGCUGCUGCAUUUUUUACACCUUCAUCACAUACCAUUUCGCUUCACCAGAAUCUGACUUCAUCCGAGCCAAGCUGGAUAAUCGGAGGCCUUUUGCUUGCUUCAAAAUAUUUUUUUUUAUCAGUCUGGUAUAUUGUUCAGACUCGGGUCAUGGAGGUAUACCCUGAAGAAAUAACAGUAGUCUUCUUCUACAACUUAUUUGCAACACUAAUCUCAGUACCAGUAUGUUUCUUUGCGGAAAGCAACUUGACUUCUUGGGUGCUUAAACCGGAUAUUUCCCUCGCUGCAAUUAUAUACUCGGGACUCUUCGUUACAUCACUCAGCGCAGUUACCCACACAUGGGGUCUUCAUCUUAAGGGUCCGGUCUAUAUAUCCUUGUUUAGGCCAUUGUCUAUUGCAAUUGCAGUCGCCAUGGGUGCUAUAUUCCUCGGCGAUGCCCUUCAUCUUGGGAGUGUCAUUGGAUCAGUGAUAUUGUGCUUUGGAUUCUACACUGUGAUGUGGGGCAAAGCAAGAGAGGAUGCAACCAAAACUGGUGCUGGUUCUGAGCAUUCACCUUUGCUGCUUACUCACAUCGCCGAAGAUGAAGCCUUGUCCUUAAGAUAG